AUGGAUGAGACACAGGUGCCUCUGGCCAUGACUGUUCAUCUCCUCGCCAGCUCUGGGCACGGCUCGCUUCUGCAGCAGACUCUGGACCAGCUCCUGGAAUGCAUUUGCCCAGAGGUCCGUCUGUUUCUGGUGUCUGAGCAGGUCCGUCCAGUGAAAUACUACGAAAAGUACCAGCCCAAGCGGUCCCGGUUCCCGGGGAUGUCUGUCUUGCUCUUCCUGCACGAACGCCUCGGAGAGGAGCGGCUAUUUCGCGUCCUGGGCUCCCUACAGCACUCACCCUGGCAGUGCUACCCCACCCAGGCUGCGCAGGGGAGGCCGUGUCCCCAUCUUCUUGCCAAUCAGGAGUUCUACAGCCUGGACAACCAGAUGCCCAUCUGGGGCGUGAGGCAGGUGCAUGGUGGUACCGAGAUCCUGCGGGUGACGCUCUACUGCAGCUUUGAUAACUAUGAGGACGCCAUCAGGCUUUAUGAGAUGAUCCUGCAAACAGAGGCCACCUUGCAAAAGAGCAACUUCUGUUUCUUUGUGCUCUACGCCACCGAGAGCUUCUCUCUGCAGCUCUCUCUGAAGCAGCUGCCGCUGGGCGUGUCAGUGGACCCGAAAGAGUCUUCGGUGCUACAGUUCAAGGUUCAGGAGAUUGGCCAGUUAGUGCCUCUUCUACCCAAUCCGUGUGUUCCCAUCAGCAGCACCAGGUGGCAGACACAGGACUACGACGGCAACAAGAUUCUGCUUCAGGUCCAGUUGAGUCCAGGACCUUGUGUUAGGAAUAGUGAGCUUUCCUUUCUGAAUGGCACCUUGGGAACUGACACACUUCUUCAGGGCUCUAGACUGGCCCCCGUCUCUGCAAAGAGGACCCUAGAACCAAGGAGCCGGAGGAGCCAGGGCAGGAGGUUCAAGGUGCAUUCUCUGGAGCUUCCUGAGCCCAGUGGAAGCCCAAUGUCAAACAGCUCUAGUGGCACAUGGUGGAAAAGCCCUGGCUGGUCGUCCCAGGCCAGCAGCCCAGCCACAGGCACCCAGCUGCAUCUGCCUUCUCCCCACCUGGAACCUGGGGCCAGAAUGAAGGUCCUCAGCCAGGAGAACAGCUUUCAGAAGUUUGAGGCAGAGACAAACGUUGACACGGGAUUCACCAUCAUCAAUUCCGAACCCCAGCAUUCCUUUUUGAGCAGAUUUCCAAUGGAUUUGCAGAUCAGCCAGUCACCAUCCUGUUUGCCAGCCUCUUCCUUGGGGGCAGUUACCUGCAAAAACAGGAGAGUUUUUGAAGAAAGAGUCCAUCCUUUGUCACUUGCUGGCCAAAGGGACCUUGCUGCAAGGAAGAUUGUCUCAAAAUGUUGCCUUCAUCUGCCAGUCCAAGGUGAAGAAAGAGAAGAAGAAUUUUUUAUAUAG